UUGUGUCAGACCGGCCAGUGAGCCAAGGUUACACAGUCGUCUUCUCACACCAUCUCAGAAAGGUAGGCGGUCAGCGGUACACGACUGCGUCUCUUCUUCCACCCUCAGCAUUUCGUCCUCCAUCAAAAUAACAACGCUGCCGCACAGCUGGGUGCGUUUAAUGGUAAUAAAUGGAGACCAUAAACCAUAAACUGAACACUUACUUUGAGUCAUGGAUUGGCCCCAGAGAUAAGCGGGUGCAGGGAAUGCUGCUGCUUGACAACUACCCGCCAACCUUUGCACUCACAGUCAUGUACCUCCUGAUUGUGUGGUUGGGGCCCAAGUACAUGAAAGACAGGCAGCCAUAUUCCUGCAGAGGCCUCAUGCUGCUCUACAAUCUGGGCAUCACGCUCUUGUCCUUCUACAUGUGCUAUGAGCUUUUUACAACUGUAUGGCAUGGUGGCUACAACUUCUUUUGCCAGGACACCCAUAGCGCACAAGAGGUGGAUAAUAAGGUUAUAAAUGUCCUUUGGUGGUACUAUUUCUCCAAGCUACUUGAGUUCAUGGACACUUUUUUCUUCAUACUCCGGAAAAAUGAUUACCAGAUUACAUUUCUUCACAUCUACCACCAUGCUAGCAUGCUGAAUAUCUGGUGGUUUGUCAUGAACUGGAUACCCUGUGGUCAUUCAUAUUUUGGUGCCUCCCUGAACAGCUUUGUACAUGUUGUGAUGUACUCUUAUUAUGGCCUCUCAGCCAUUCCUGCCAUCCGGCCGUACCUUUGGUGGAAAAAGUACAUCACACAGUUACAGAUGAUCCAGUUCUUUUUAACAAUGUGCCAGACAGCGUGUGCCGCCAUAUGGCCAUGUGGCUUCCCCAUGGGAUGGCUGUACUUCCAAAUAAGUUAUAUGUUCACGUUCAUGGUACUUUUCUCUAACUUCUACAUUCAGACUUAUAAGAAGCAAAGUGCUUCUCGAAGGAAGGAGAUUCAGAAUGGCUCUACUUCAUCAAAAAAUGGGCAUGCUAAUGGAACACCAUCGAUGGAUCGCACUGCACCCAAGAAGCUGAGGGUGGAUUAACAUUUGAGAAAGUGUCCCUAUGUUUUCACUGUAGUGUGUUAUCCAAUGCUGCUAGGAGGUAUACAUGUCUUCUUAUCUAGGAUAGUCUAGCAUUCACUUCAGAUGAAAUAAGCCAUAGCUACAUAUAGUAUAUUCAGAUUUUUUCUCAUGUUUUUUCCACACAUAAUAAUAGUAAAUUAAUUUAAUUACACAAGAAAAGUAGUGUAGUAUUUUUGAUGCUGUAUAGUAUGCCUUCCCCACCUUUGAGUAAUUUAAUUUCAGAACAAAAAUCUCUUGCUACCAGCGAACAAACACAUUUAGACUCAUUCAGUGAUGCUAUUUACAACUAAGGUCCAAAGAUGAAUGAUCAAAUGUGUUGGCAGAUAAAGGUUUUAUUGCACAAUAUGGCUUCAAGUUACUGGACAAUUUAAAAACACCUUACCGUGGUUAUGGUGGUAAUGGGUAUGGUGUAAACGUGUCUUGCUUUAUUGCCGUCCUUCCUGUGUGGUUGCACAACCCAAAAUACUGUCAUUAUGUCUGCAGACAGGAUGCAACAGCAAAAAAUUGCAUUUGCAAUAAUAAAGCAGGGUCUUCAGUUUGAAAUGUUUAGCCUUGUAAGGAAAGCCAAAGUGUAGUACUCUGCAUAUUCCUGUGCAAGGAUUUAUAUUCAAGCUACUGGGUGAGAGGAAAGCUACUGUGAUUUUGUAAGCAGAAUAAAAUAUCAGUUCUAUUUAACGCCAGUAUUACAAAAUCAGUUUCACGCUGCAUAGUAUCUAUAAGAGCUAACAUCUUAAAUAUAUUAAGCUGAAUAAAGUGAUGCACAUCUUUAGGACUUUAGUGAUAAAUAUUAAGUAAUCAAAAUUAGAAAGUGAAUUUGAUCAAUGAUAAAUACAUACCAUUCAGAAAAAAUGUACUAUGUGGGCUGUUAUUUUUUUUUAAAUAUGUACAGCUGUGCUUGAAAGUAUAGUUUCAUUUUAUCUGCAUAAAUUUGACUCAGAAUCUAAGUAAACAAAGAGAACUUAAACAAAACAAAUAAGACAGAAUAAUUAUAGUAUUGAGAUCUAACUGUUACUUUAACAAGGAACUGAAACACUAUGUACAACAGCAGGACCUUCUCCUAAGUGGAAUGCAGCCAUCACUAACAGCUCUGUGCAUUUCUUGCUAUGACAUGUCAAAAUGUCUACUGUGAAAAAGCUCUAUAAAUGUAACUUAAUAUUUCCUGUAACCAUUUAUCAUUCCUGCGUAUCAGUUUACAGGAAAUUGAAUCCAGAACAUCGUGGACUGUGUGGUGGGUUACCUCAGAUGGACUGCUCACUUUAGAUGCCGCUACAAUUAAUUUAGGUUAAGGUCAGGACUUUUUCAAUCAAAAUAUUGGCUUUUUGCUCCCGCAACAAUCCUAUGGAAGAAUUAUUUGUGUCUGAGGUAGUUUUCUUGCUGUUUUACUUACUUUAUGUCACGAUACAGUUCAUAGAUGAUUGUGCGCCAAGCUCUUCAAGUGAUCUUUGGUCAGCCACUCCUGGGUAACAGCAGACUUGAAAUCUACUGAAUAUAUAUUGCUGGAGUCCAAACUCUUAAGUUUUUUUUUCCAAUCUGAUGGACAUCAGCAAAAUUUUCUGACAUAAUCAUUGUCUGUGCCUAAUAAACUUU